UACGCUGAACAAAUACAGCAUAUCGUUCAUAUGAGCUUGUUCGAGAGAAAAAGAUUCCCCGUUCCCCUGGCAACAGAGAAGCGGCGUCCAGGUAGAGCGGUGACGUGUAUAGAGUCGCCGGAUGAUGACGUAGAUCGGAGAGCUGAGGUGGAAGACAGGCAUGGAGAGGACUAUGACAGCGGUGUGUGUGCUCCUGGCAAUGAUUGUACGCUGGGCCGUGUCCCUGUACCCGUACUCAGGAGCCAGGAAACCGCCAAUAUUUGGAGACUAUGAAGCCCAGAGACACUGGCAAGAAGUCACACUUAACCUACCAGUCCAGCAAUGGUACUUCAACUCAACCGACAAUGACCUUCUCUACUGGGGUCUGGAUUACCCCCCUCUGACGGCCUAUCACAGCCUCCUCUGCGGGUACAUAGCCCGUGCCAUCAAUCCAGACUGGGUUGCCUUGACUUCAUCCAGAGGGUAUGAAAGCCCCCAGCACAAGCUGUUCAUGCGGGUGACUGUUCUAGUAGCUGAUUUGAUCAUUUACAUCCCUGCCGUUAUCCUGUAUUGUUCCUGCCUGCAGGAGACUCCUAAGAGAAGAAUGGCGUCCCUGCUGUGCAUUUUGCUCUAUCCCGGCCUUAUCCUCGUAGACUAUGGGCAUUUUCAGUAUCCUUCUCACACAUAUAACUCUGUGAGUCUAGGUCUGGCCCUAUGGGGCGUCAUCGCUCUCUCCCGCGGAUGGGAUGCGCUGGGCUCGCUGGCAUUUUGCUUUGCAUUAAACUACAAACAGAUGGAGCUUUAUCACUCCCUUCCUUUCUUCUGCUAUCUCCUGGGGAAGGGUUUCCAGAAAGGAAUUAUGGGUCGGGGGUUCCUCUUCCUGCUAAAGAUCGGAGCGACCGUCAUUGGCGCUUUUGCCCUUUGUUGGAUGCCUUUCCUGACAGACGCUGAGCAAAUCUUUCAAGUCCUCCGUAGGCUGUUCCCCGUGGGCCGCGGCCUCUUUGAGGAUAAAGUGGCCAAUCUUUGGUGCAGUUUGAGCAUCCUUUUCAAAAUUAAAAAUAUUUUGUCAGCGGAGACCCAGUUAAAACUUAGUUUUGCCUGCACUUUGCUGGGGGUUCUGCCAACUUGUCUCAAAUUAACUAUGAACCCGACUCUCAGGGGAUUCAAACUGUCCUUGGUGAUCUGUGCCUUGUCCUUCUUCCUCUUCUCCUUCCAAGUCCAUGAGAAGUCCAUCCUCCUGGUGUCCUUGCCGGUCUGCUUUCUCCUCGGUGAGAUUCCUCUGAUGUCUACGUGGUUUUUACUCACUUCCACAUUCAGCAUGUUGCCGCUCCUGUUAAAAGAUGGACUCCUCAUGGCAUACAGCAUUACAAUGCUAGCGUUCCUCCUGGUGACCGCCACCUGCCUGUCCUUCCAUGAGAAAACCUCUGAAGAUGCCAUGAAGUUGAAGGCUUUCUGUCUCUCUAUAAGGAAAUAUUUGACCUGGUUUACAGUUCCAGGAAGUCUUCUCCGUCUGCUGAUCUUCCUUUCCGCGUCGGUGAUGGCCGCCCUGACCAUAGGAAGCAGUGCCUUGACUCCGCCUCCUACGCUUCCUGACCUCUUCCCAGUGCUCAUCUCUGCCGUCUCCUGUGCCCACUUCCUAAUGUUCUUUUUUUACUUUAAUAUUGUUCAUCUAUGGGACAGAACACACGAGCAAAGCAAGAAGAAAACAUUUUAAAAUCUCCUCUGUUCUUUUAUUUUUUUACAAAUAUGAAUUUUUGUAAACGGUAAAAACAGUUACUUAGCAUU